AAACCAUGACUUAAGCCACCUCCCCCCCCCCCCCCCCCAAUGUUAGCCUCAUCUCCACGAUUCAACGUCCCCUAUUUAAUUCCUUCACCUACCUAUCCAACUCUCUAAUCCUCGCCAUAUAUAUAUAUUUGCCUUUAAAUCUUCUUCACUACAUACUAAUCUCAUUUCUUCACCUCUAAGUGUUUACCUAUACAUAUAUGUAACAUCUUCAAUCUUUGUUUCCCCAAAUUACCAUGCCAAAGCCAUUCCAUUUGUUGGUAUUCUUCCUUGUUGCUCUUUGUCUAUGCACCAAUUCAAAUGCCAGCAGUAGUACUAAUGAGUUCCUUGAAACUGAGUGCUUGAAAGUACCAGCAACUGAGUUUAUAGGUUCUUUGAAAACCACCAUUGAUGCUAUACGAAAAGCUACCUCUGUUGUUUCUCAAUUUGGUGGCUUUUUUCAUGAUUUUCGUCUCUCUAAUGCCAUUUUUGAUUGUCUUGAUCUGCUCGACUCUUCUGCUGAUGAACUAAGUUGGACCAUGUCUGCUUCCCAGAAUCCUAAUGCUAAAGAUAACAGUACUGGUGAUCUAAGUUCUGAUUUAAGAACAUGGUUAAGUGCUGCAAUGGUUAACCAACAGACAUGCAUUGAUGGGUUUGAAGGUACAAAUAGCAUGGUCAAAACUGUAGUAUCCGGUAGCUUGAACCAAAUCACUUCACUGGUUCGUAAUCUUCUCAUCAUGGUGCACCCUGGUCCUAAUUCCAAGUCCAACGGUACCCGUAAUGGCAGCCAAAAAGGUGGUGGUGGUGGGGGUCAUCCAGGCCAGAACCGGUUUCCGGUAUGGUUCAAAAGGGAGGAUCGGAGAUUGUUGCAAAUAAAUGGGGUAACAGCAAAUGUUGUGGUGGCAGCAGAUGGGAGUGGGAAUUUCACACGCAUAAUGGAUGCUGUGGAGACAGCACCAGAUAAGAGUAUGAACAGAUAUGUUAUUUACAUUAAGAAGGGUUUAUAUAAAGAGAAUGUGGAGAUCAAGAAGAAGAAAUGGAACCUUAUGAUGAUCGGUGAUGGAAUGGAUGUCACUGUAAUAUCUGGGAAUCGUAGCUUCAUUGAUGGAUGGACCACAUUUCGAUCUGCAACAUUUGCUGUAAGUGGAAGAGGGUUCAUAGCAAGAGACAUAACAUUCGAGAACACAGCAGGUCCCCAAAAGCACCAAGCGGUAGCGUUACGGUCCGACUCGGACCUCUCAGUUUUCUUCCGAUGUGCAAUCAAGGGAUACCAAGACUCGCUCUACACCCACACGAUGCGUCAAUUCUACAGGGAAUGUAAGAUCACCGGCACUGUAGACUUCAUAUUCGGCGACGGCGCGGUUUUGUUCCAAAAUUGCCAAAUCUUAGCCAAGCAAGGCUUACCAAGCCAGAAAAAUACCAUCACCGCGCAAGGUCGCAAAGACCCGAACCAACCGACUGGCUUCUCCAUCCAGUUCUGCAACAUCUCGGCCGAUACAGACUUAUUACCUUCAGUUAACUCCACUCCUACAUACUUGGGAAGACCAUGGAAACUAUAUUCAAGGACCAUUAUCAUGCAAUCCUACAUUAGUGAUGCCAUAAGGCCACAAGGGUGGCUUGAAUGGAACCAAGAUUUUGCCUUGGAUACAUUAUACUAUGCCGAGUACAUGAAUAAUGGGCCAGGGGCUAGCCUUAGUGAGCGAGUUAAGUGGCCUGGUUACCAUGUUUUAAAUAACUCAGCUCAAGCUGUUAAUUUUACAGUAGCUCAAUUCAUUGAAGGAGACUUGUGGUUGCCGUCAACUGGUGUUAAAUACACUUCAGGAUUUGGGGUAUAAAUAUAUAUAACUUUAUUUAUGUAUUUUCCGUCAACUGGUGUUAAAUACCUUCUGCAAUCUAAUAUAUCUUGUUACUGCAAAGUGGAAGGGAAUUAAAGAGAUAUAUAUAUAUAUAUCGUAUGGGACUUGCUUUGGUACCUGCAUGGCCAAAGGAUACUCGGCUGGAGACUGCAAUAAAGACUGCAUGAUACCGUAAACAGUGGAGACUGUCAAAGACACCCACCACAGCAGCAGCUCCACUUUCUGCAAGUUUGGAUGGCUACCACUUUGUUUUCAAAGCUUAGCACCAAAGAAAAUAAGGAAAAAAGAAAAAAAAAUACUGGGGUUUUCUUUGAUGGUAAGCUUUGGGCACAGAGGGGCAGCACAUCCAAACUUGCAAAAUGUGGAGAUGCUGGUGUGGUGGGUGUCUUUGACAGUCUCCACCACUGAUUCCUGUAUCACGCAGUCUUUAAUGCAUUCUUCAGGCGAUUUUGGCCAUGUAGGUACCAAAACAAGUCCCGUACGAUAUAUAUAUAUAUAUAUAUAUAUAUAUAUAUAUAUAUAUAUAUAUAUAUCUUUAAUUCCCAUUCUCAUUGCACUAACAAAAUAUAUUAAAUUUGUAGAUGAUUGUUUUGUAUUGCAUAAGAUAGAGUUUAUAUAAACUUUAUGUAGGAGACAAUGUCAUAUUCUCCCAUAUGUUGAUGCUUUACCAAAUAUUCCAUUUGUAGUUGUUUGUAUCAUAUGAGAAAUGUUAGGAACUUCAUUGCAAUUAUGCUUGGAAUGUUAUAGAAACCAAAUGCCAAA